AUGAGAAAAUUAAAAUUCUCCUUUUCUAUCAUAUUUUUUUUUUUUAAUAUUUUUUUUAUCCUAAAUACUAAAAAUAUAGCUGUAAAAUAUGAAGGAAAAUUAAAGAAGAACUUAUUAAUAUCAACUAAGAAUAAUAAAAAAAGUGUGAAAAAUGGAUUAAAGAAAAUAAAUAAAAUAAAAAUAGCAAAAGGAAAAAUUAAAAGAAAUAAAAGAAAAAAUGAAAAAUUUUUGUUUAUGUUUAUGAAAGGUAUUACACGAAAUAUUUAUGCUACAAAAAGAUAUUUAACUUAUAGAAAAAAAAAUAAUCUAAAUGAAAUUAAAAAAUAUUAUUAUAAUAAUAUAAAUGAAAAAAUGAAGAGAAAAUGCAUCGUAUUAAAAGAUAAUUGUUUUAAUUAUCCUUUUUUUGAUUUCACUAUUUUGAAAGAAAAUAAAAAAGAAAACAAUAAAAGUCGAGUAGGAAUAAUAAAAACACCAAGAGGUAUUAUAGAAACACCAAAUUUUUUAUUUUGUGCAACGAAAGCUUGCAUUAAAUCUACACCUAUUGAUUUUUUAAAAAAUUCCAAAACUCAAAUUAUUUUAUCAAAUACUUUUCAUUUGUUAAUUCAACCAAAACCUCAUGUUAUUUUUCAGUUAGGAGGAUUGCAUAAAUUUAUGAAUUGGAAAAAUCCUAUUCUGACUGAUUCAGGUGGAUAUCAAAUUUUUAGCAUGUCCUUUGGGUCAGUCUCAAAUGAGAUAAAAAGAAGUAGUAACAAAAACUUUGACAUGGUAAAAAAUAUAACAACAAAAGAUAAUACAAUAAAAGAUAAUACAACAGAAGAUAAUACAAUAAAAGAUAAUACAUUAAAAGAUGAAAUUAACAUAAAAAAUGAUGAAAAAAAAAAAAGUAAUAAUAGUAAAACAAAUCAUAUGAAUAACGAAAUUAUUUUAAAAAUAAAUGAAAGAGGAGUAAUUUAUAGAUCAUAUUAUGAUGGUUCUAUAGAUUUACUAUCCCCAGAAACCUCUAUUCAAUCCCAAUAUUUGUUAGGUAGCGAUUUUAUUUUAGUUUUAGAUGAAUGUACACCUUAUCAUGUAGAUAGAGAAUAUACAGAACGUUCAAUGCAUAGAUCACAUAGAUGGUAUUUGAGAUGCCUCUUGGAAUUUUAUAAAGCGAACAAUAUGGAAAAUUAUCAUGAAUACUUAAAUGAUAUAUAUAAUAAAAGAUAUAAAAUAAAUGAAAAAUGGGUAGAAAGAGAAAAAAAUAAACAGGCAUUAUAUGGAAUAAUACAAGGAGGAAUAUACACAGAUCUUAGAAAAAAAAGCUGUGAUUUUGUAUGCAGCUUACCUUUUUUUGGUUUAUGCAUAGGUGGAUGUUUAGGUAAAAACAAAGAAAUGAUGUAUAGUGUAAUAGAAACCACAAUGAACUUUAUAACAAAAAAGAAACCAAUUCAUUUAUUAGGAAUUGGUCAAAUUAGAGAUAUUUUUUAUGGUGUAAAAAGGGGAAUAGACACAUUUGAUUGUGUAAUUCCUUCAAGAUUGGCAAGACAUGGAUACUUUUUGUGUAAAGUUCAAAAUAUUAAAGAUAUAGAAAAAAGUUUAGGUAGGUAUAUAAAAAAUGAGUAUGUAAAAAUAAAACUAAAUAUGUUUAAAUUAGAUAAUAACCCUUUAGAGAAAGAUUGUGAUUGUUAUACAUGUUUAAACUAUUCAAGAGCUUAUUUGCAUUUUCUCUAUAAAAUUAACGACAAUUUAUUAGGAACCUUAUUAACUAUACACAAUGUAAAUUAUAUGAAUCAAUUAAUGUUAGAAAUACGAAAUUCAAUAAAAGAAAACAAUUUAGAUAAAAUUGAAGAAAAAUGGAUAAAAUGA